AUUAAAUGGGAGCCUUUACUUGGUAAUGCAAAUUAAGAAAAGUUUACCCGUUGAUUUCUUCUCCUUAGAAAACGUCACGUCUGUUACCCAACCGUAUCAGGAGCUUGGCUUUAAUGUUGAAGGCUUCAAGCUUCUCCAUCACAUAGCAAGUCCGGUGAAGUCAAAACGAUACCGUGUUCUGCAUUUGCUCCAAUCCUCUAUUGUUAACCAACCACGAUAUCGAACUCUCUUUGCUGGUUUUUUAAUUCUCUCUCACAUUUCACGUUUUCUGUUUGUUUCUUUAGAAAGAAAAUCUUGACAUGUUUUAUAAACCGAAGUUCCUAACUUCACAAUUUCUUGGAAGCUUAUACCCAGUUGUGAUGUUUUUAGUCAUGUUUCUCUUUUGACGUUUUCUUUGUCUUGGUGAAGAUUUGUUUGUUUGUCUUAAAGUAGAAACCAUUUUUUUAUUCUCGGUAGCUUCUUCAAGGUUUCCAGUUAUAAAGGGUUGUGCUUUUCGAGAUCUUGUGAAACAGUUUUAAACGUGAAUUGCUUUGCGUUUUUGCUUUUCGUGGAUCUUUUGCUUUUGGGUUUUAAUAAUGGCUGAAGGGUCAAAAGUUCGGUUUGUUCGUUGCCCAAAGUGUGAAAAUAUCCUAUCAGAGCUUCCUAAUUUUGCCGUAUACAAGUGCGGUGGGUGCGGUGCUCUUCUUCGAGCGAAGAAGAAAGCGGCUACAAACGGUGGGAUUUUAGAGAAGCGUGAAAACGAGAGUAAUGAAGAAUCCCGAGAGGGGUUUGCGAAAUUGGAGAGUUCUUCAGAGAAAGAAGACGGGUUUGAUUUAGGCAUUGCAUCGGAGGCUGAGAGGGAGAGUAAUGGGGUUUCUCUUGACGGGAAAAAUGAAAGAGUCUUUGGAGGAAGAACUGCCGAUCUGGUCACUACUUCUUCAUUGAAGACAGAAAACAGAGGAACUUCCAUUGAUAGCAGCAAUGGAACUGUCAAGGAACAGAUUGUGGGUUGUGAAAGAAGUGCAGAGAAUGAAGUUGGUUCUCGGGAUAAAUAUAGGCUACCGCUAAAGCACCCAAUUGGGAAGUGGGUUGGCCAGGACGAUAAUGAAAUUAACAUGAAUAAAUCUGAGUUUGUUAAUUCAAGUAGAGAAAAAGGCAUUGGGGAAACUUCAGCCCAAGUUAAGGGUUCGGCUGCGUCUUUGAGGUCAAGGGUGAUUGCGGGCAAGUGGAGUUUGGAUGAAGAUGGCCCAGUAAGACCUUGCGCAAACCGCAGAAUGGCUGAUGAUCGAAGCAGAUUUCCGACUUCUGCUAGUUCUGGUGAGGGACCUUCAAGCCAUUGCUUUCGCUCUUCUUCUUAUGGAUAUGGUAAACUGGUGAAGAAUUUUGAUGGCCUGGAUGGGUAUAACAGAUCUGCACACUUCAAGCAGGAUCGAGCUGAGUUGCUUAGGAAACUGGGCGAGUUGAAGGAACAUAUCAGAAUAAAUGGUUCUGCAUCUGAGACACAAAGGAGUUACCAUGAUCGUGCUACUUACGGUGUUCCAGUGAAACCUUUAGCUCCAGAUAAGCAUGUACAAAGAGCCCCAUAUUUUGAGCAAUAUGGUCAACCUAUAGAUAUGCAGAAAUUCUAUUUUCCUCCGAAUCAUGUUGCAAAUGAAUUUCCAGUUUGUGAGGAUCCCGUUAAACUAAAAUUACCCAGAAUAAAUUCUCAUCAACCACCUGGUCAAUACUGGCAGCGAUCUCUCCAUGAUUACUCACUAGAGGAAUACAAGAAUUUCAACCAAGAACAACGAAUUGCAUCUUAUCCUUGUGGAACAUCAUAUCAAGAUCCUGCUUGUGCAUGUUUCCACUGCUACAACAACAACCGGCAUGUUUCUUCACGAGUCCCAGCCACUGCUUUUGGCAAUAAAAAUUUUCUGAAUGAACCAAUUGAUUCCCAUUUCAACUACCAUGUGAAUCCUAUCAUAUAUGGGUCAAAGAAAUGCAAACCUCAAGCCGCUCCUACAUUUCAUGCACAAGAUCCCCAGUCACAUGUUAGUUGGCCUAGCGACCUUGAUUCAGAUGUGAAUGUUUUUCCUCGGAGUCAUCCAAGGAGGGUGGUGGACCUGGUGGUGGCUGGUGGAAACGUGCGUCUAUGCCAUCCUGUUGCGGGUGGUGCCCCAUUUAUGACAUGCUCCAGUUGCUUUAUGUUGCUAAAAUUGCCAAGAAAACUUAAGGUGAGGGAGAAGAAUCAGCAGAAACUGCAAUGUGGUGCCUGCUUAACAGAAUUCUUUCUUGGAAUUAAGAACAAGCAGCUAACUAUUUCUCUUCCCACUGAGAACAAGGAAAUAUCGGCUGGUUCAGAUAAAGGCUAUUCUGAGGUCUCAAAAGAAGUCCUCUCAAGUCCCAGUGGUGGUUUUAUUGCCCAAGGAAUGGAUUGCUCUGUUAAUGUUGAUAAUCCUGGUCAUGAUUUUCACUCAUCAGAUUUGGAAAGAAAUAUCCAAUCAGAACUACAGAGGCUAGAACUAACUGAAUUUGAGGAAAGGCAGCACUUUUCUUCCCUAUCUUUCGGUUCGUCUAAGGAAGAGGAGAGCCUGGAUAGUGUGAUUGUUCAGAGAGGUGCUUCCUACAUUCCUGAGCUGCCCAGAAAAGAUAAUGCAUCUCCAAUAUUUCCCAGUUCACCUUUAUCAGAGAAUUUGGAUGAUAUCUCAUCUAAUAAGGAAGAAAACAGAUAUGGGGAAGGAAACAAAAGUAAUAGAACAGAGCAAGAGGAGUUUAUAAUUGACAAGAAUACAUCUCAGCAGGACUCGGUGAAAUAUGCAUCUGAAACUGAAGUGGAAAUUUCUUGCAAUGAAUACUUAAAUACUAGUGUAUCUCAAGACUCUAUAGAGAUAAGUGAAGAAAAAGGUCAGUCUAGGAUCAACAAGGGAAGCGAAUCAUUCUUGGUGGGUCUCCUCAAGAAGAGCUUUAGGGAUUUCUCAAGAUCUAAACAACACAUGGAGAGUGAAACUGAAAAAUCUAAUGUUUCUGUUAAUGGGCAACCUAUUCCAGACAGUAUGGUUAGAAGGGCUGAAGAGCUAGCUGGGCCAAUUCAUCCUGGAGAUUACUGGUAUGAUUUUAAAGCUGGAUUUUGGGGUGUGAUGGGACAACCUUGCCUUGGCAUAAUUCCUCCUUUUAUUAAGGAGUUCAAUUAUCCCAUGCUGGAAAAUUGUGCUGCUGGAAACACUAGUAUCUUCAUCAAUGGGAGAGAGCUUCAUCAGAAAGAUUUAGAUCUACUUGCUAGUAGAGGACUACCAACCACAAAGGAUAAGAUCUAUACUGUUAGAAUUUCAGGAAGAGUUCUUGAUAAGGACACUGGCAAAGAGCUGAACAGCCUUGGUAAUCUUGCCCCUACAGUCCAGAAGCUGAAGCAAGGAUUUGGGAUGAAGGUUCCAAGAAGAAAGCUUGUGUGAUCGUUUGUGCAGAUUGGAUAUCUUCUUGGCAUGCACGUUGAUUAGUUAGUGACAAAUGGUCAGGCAUCCCAAAUCAAAGAGUGUAAUUAUAUCAAAUGCAUUAGGCUGCACACAGCAGACUAGCUUAAACCCUAAAAAGAAGAGGUUCUGAUUUUCCUUUUAGAUAUGCUUGUCUCUAACACUGAAGAAAUUAUUUGGGCUUUGGAUUAUAUUCACACUUGGGUUUCCUUCACUUCCGGUUAGAAACUUUCUUUCGGAAGAUAAUUCCCCCACUAUAGUGCCAAAGUUGCAAGAUUUUAAUCUAUAACAUAAUUUAUCAAUUUUGGAGAAAUGUCCCAACAAAACACUUUAUAUUUAAAUUAAAUAAU